GAGGAUAGGCAGCAGGGACACCCGAAUGUAUAGUCUGUGAACUUUGCCAUCUGGGACACUGUCGUCCGACACCAUGAGCUGGAGCUUCUUGACGCGUCUGCUGGAGGAGAUUCAAAACCAUUCCACACCAGUGGGGAAACUCUGGCUCACAACAUUGGUCGUAUUCCGCAUUGUGCUUACGGCAGUGGGUGGAGAGUCCAUCUACUAUGAUGAGCAGAGCAAGUUUGUGUGCAACUCAGGCCAGCCUGGUUGUGAAAACGUCUGCUAUGAUGCUUUUGCACCGCUCUCGCAUGUCCGGUUCUGGGUCUUCCAGAUCAUCUUCUCUGCCAUGCCAUCACUCCUUUACAUGGGUUAUGCAGCCAAUAAGAUCUCCCACACCAAGGAGAUGCCAGGGACUGGGGAUGGAGAUCCAGCAGGGGGUGGAGCAGAAGGUGGGUACACGCAUCGAAGGCCAAGGAAGCUUUACUUUGGGGCACGUCAGCAUCGGGCAGGGCACGAGAAUUCAGGGGAGGAGAGAGAGGAUGACCCAAUGAUCUAUGAGGUGCCUGAGAUAGAUAACACUCAACGGGAGCUUGUUCCACCGCGCCCCAAGCCCAAAGAGCGGCAUGAUGGACGGCGGCGCAUUCAGGAUGAUGGCCUGAUGCGAGUGUAUGUACUGCAGCUACUGACACGUUCAGUUCUGGAAGCAGCCUUCCUAGCUGGUCAAUAUCUGCUGUACGGUUUUCAUGUGGCACCCAUUUUCGUGUGUACAGGCGAGCCUUGCCCACACCGUGUGGACUGCUUUGUUUCACGCCCCACAGAGAAGACCAUCUUCUUGCGCAUUAUGUAUGGCGUCAGCUGCCUCUGCCUGUUACUCAAUGUGUGGGAAAUGAUUCACCUUGGAGUGGGCACCAUUAGAGAUGCACUGCAAAAACGUCAUACUGCCACAGCUGAAGAGGAAUACCAACUGGGCCUGCUGGGGGCCGGGGCCAUGUCUGACAGAGUAAGCGGGCCUGCACUGAGUGAAGGAGAAAUGGCGGAUGAUGUCGGGAACAGAGUCAGGGAAGCAGACUACGUUGGUUAUCCAUUCUCCUGGAGCACACCAUCUGCACCACCAGGCUAUAACAUCGUGAUGAAGCCUGAAGCCCUGCCUUACACAGACCUAAGCAAUGCCAAGAUGGCAUGCAAGCAGAACCGUGCCAACAUCGCACAAGAGGAGCAGCAGCAGUUUGGAUCUAAUGAGGACAACUUCCCUUCAGCAAGUGAUGCUCGGCCACCACCAAUCAAUGAAGACGCUGUCCAGCUAGAGGCAGCUAUUCAGGCUUAUGCCCUCCAACACAAUGCCAGCAAUAGCCAUAAUGAGAUGCAUGUCAACCACAAUAAUGAUGAUAAGCCACAAAGUAACAUCCCCACUGUUCCUCAGAAAGAGAGGAAACAUCGGUUGAAACAUGGCAAAGCAGGCAGUGCUGGGAGCAGCAGCAGUAGCAAAUCUGGAGAAGGCAAACCAUCUGUAUGGAUCUGACACUAUCUCUAGACAAAUCCUUGGCCAUUUACUUCCACACACACACA